UCGCUCCCCGGUGCAGGGGCGGAGCUUGAGGCCUGAGGGGCGGAGCCAGCGGCGGAGGGGGCGUGUCCGGGGCGGGGCCAGCGCCAUGCCGAAGCGCGGGAAGAAGAAGGAGGAGAGCGGCAGCGGGGACGAGGCCGGGCCCGGCCCUGCCAAGGCAGCCAAGGUGGCCAAGGCAGCGCCAGCCCCGUCCUAUGAGGACCCCCCCACCCGCGAGGCCACGGCCGACGGACGCCGCUGGACGCUCAAGGUGACCUCGUGGAACGUGGACGGGCUGCGAGCCUGGGUGCGCAAAGGCGGGCCCCAGUGGGUGCAGGAGGAGGCCCCGGAUGUGCUGUGCCUGCAGGAGACCAAGUGUGGGGUGUCAGCCGUGCCUCCCGAAAUCCGGGCGCUGCCGGGGCUCCCCCACCAGUUCUGGGCCAGCGCCGAGGGCCGGCCGGGCUACAGCGGCGUGGGGCUGCUGGCCAAGACUGAGCCGCUCAACGUCACCUACGGCAUUGGCGACCCCGAGCACGACGCCGACGGCCGCGUGGUCACGGCCGAGUUCCCGUCCCUCUUCGUGGUCUGCGCCUACGUCCCCAACGCCGGCCGGGGCCUGGUGCGCCUGGAGCCGCGGCUGCGCUUCGACAGCGCCUUCCUGGCCUUCCUGCGCCGCCUGGACGCCCGCAAGCCCGUGCUGCUGUGCGGCGACCUCAACGUGGCGCACGCCGAGAUCGACCUGUGCCACCCGCGCGCCAACCGCUCCAACCCCGGCUUCACGCCGCAGGAGCGCGAGGGCUUCGGCCGCCUGCUGGACGCCGGCUUCGUCGACUCCUUCCGCCACCUGUACCCCGAGGCGCGCGGCGCCUUCACCUUCUGGACGUACCUGGGCGGCGCGCGGGCGCGCAACGUGGGCUGGCGGCUCGACUACGCCRUGCUGUCGCGGCGGCUGCUGGACGCGCUGUGCGACUGCAAGAUCCGCAGCGCCGUGGCCGGCAGCGACCACUGCCCCAUCACCGCCCUGCUGGCCGUCUGAGGGGGUCGGCUCCGGCCGGCACCUCCUCGGGAUCGCCUUCAAUUCCCUCACAAUAGCUCCAAGUUGGGCGCUGAUGACGUCAUCGGGGCCGGGAUGGCAUCGGCUUUUAAUUACAGGUAUGUUGAUCCAAAAUAUCCCAAAAUUGACUCRAAGUUGGGCGACRACGACGUUAUCGAGGCCRAGGUUGCAUCGCCUACCUUGAUUGGCCGCAAGUUGACCAAAACGGCCCAAAAUUGGCUCAAAACAGCCCCAAAUUGACAUGAAUCCACCCAAAUUCAGGUUUGGAUGAUGUCAUUGAGGCCAAGGUGGCAUCUUGCUCUUGGUUUUAUCCCAAWUCCCCCCCAAAGCGGUCCAAAUUAGGGCCCCUCAGGUGCUGCUGUCGCUGCUCAGACACAAAACUCCCCCAAACAGCCCCAAAUCAGUUCCYACCCUUUGUUUACCCCGU